GUACUUCUGUAAAGUUUGUGGUGUCGGAGGCUGUUCUGCACGAAGUUGAUAUGGAUGAAACUGUUCUUAGAGUACUUUCUUUUCAGUAUUAGUUGCUGUUGUAAAUUAACGCCAUGUUUCUAAGUAAACUGUGUGUUACCACAUCCCAUGUGGAUAAAACGUUGAAGCUAUUUUUGGCACGUAAAACGAACUGGACUGCAAUUUGUAGUUUUGCGGACCAAUGCAAAGCAUCAGUACAGUUAACGGCAAAAUGUCAUUACGGAUUUAGUACGACCGAUAGUAGCAGAAAUAUUCAAGUGUACUAUGGAAAUUUAACGCCCCAGAUUCGUGCAGUGAAAAUUUUCUCAUUAGUAUCCAGUGUAGCUGGUCUGGCGUCGCAACCUAUUCUCGUACAUCAAAUUCCAAACUUCGGAACUCCAGUUGUAGUAGCCCUCUUUGGUUUUGUCGGUUUCUUUACCUUCGUCACUCCAUUCUUACUCCAUAUGAUUACAAAGAAAUAUGUUACUCAUAUAUACUUCAAUUCUGAUACUGAAAUGUAUUCUGCAGUUCGCUUAAAUUUCUUCCUGAGAGAAAAGACGAUUACCUUCAUGCCAGAUGAGGUUAUUGUGCCAGAUGUGCCUGGAUUGUUUACCUCUUUCCAAGUUAAGGGAUCACCUUUAUUUGUGGAUCCACGGCUCUUUGUUGAUCCUGGACAUUACACAAGGAUAAUGGGCUACGACAAACCAAUAGAUUUUAAGGUGAAUGACGUCUCAGCGGAGAACAUGAAAUCUACAGGAAAGAAAGAUACUGCUCAAUAGGAGCUGCCUGCAUCAUUCUGUGUCAUCCUGCAAGAAACUGUAACAAAUAGGUUGGGCUGACUAUUAAAUGCAACAUUCUGACUGUUUUAAAACAUUUAUUUUGCAGCAUAUUUUCAUUAUGUAUAACAGAUCUAUGUAAAGAUAGCCUGUAAAUAUAUACAAGUAAACAAUUACAUGAC